AUGGACGUUGAGAAGUAUUCUUUGCGACAGCGACAGAAGAGGCGUUUUUUCCAGGGACAAAACACAAAUUCACCGGGAUAUAACAGUGACAAUUCAAACGAGUCUCACCACAAUUCGCCACUAUGCAAGAAGGCGAUGGCUGACAGCAACGCUAAAUCAAAAAUUAAAGCUGCACCUUUGAGUAAGUACCGCCGGAAAACCGCAAAUGCUAGGGAACGGACAAGGAUGAGGGAAAUUAAUUCUGCUUUCGAAAAUCUAAGACACUGUGUACCAGCUUGUAUCAGCGACGAGGAUGUCGGACCGAGCAAUGAAAAACUAACGAAAAUUACAACACUGCGACUGGCAAUGAAAUACAUCAAAGUGCUCUCAGACGCACUAGUCGAUCCGCACAAGCCCGAACUUGAUCGCUUGAUCUGUGAUUCCAUACAUUACAAACCCUGCAGUAAAACACCUAACGAUAGCUCCGUCCUACGGCUGCAAAAAACACAUGACCUCAAGUUGAAACCUGCAAAAAUAGAUGCACCACCUACGAAGAGGCAUGGCAAACAAGGAAAAGCCGCUCAGAGUCGCAUUCACGAGUCUUCGCCUAUUCCUGGACUGUUGGAUGCAUCACCCGCCUCAAAUACCUCGUCAGCAUAUGCAUCCCUAUCUCCCUCCUCCGACUCCUCUGCUUCUCCACUUUCCAACUAUUCAUAUCGUUCCGAAAACAAUACUUCCCACAGUCGUCAGUCUACAUCCGAUAUAAGUAAUUUUAUGCUCGAAUCAGAUGGAGACUCAAUACAUCUAUCUGAACGAUGGUCGAGUCCAUUACACACCCAGCUUAAUGUAUCUUCACUGUCAAAUGAUAUAUUUGAAUGUUCCCCCAGCGACAUGCCUACUUUGGAAAACCCCCUAGAACUUAGUUUGCGUCUUAUGGAGCCGCCCAUCGACUCGCUGGCCAUCUCGCCUAGUCGUGUACACAAUUCACAUUCAACCUGCCUGACAUCCCUGAUGAGCUUGGAAACUUUCACUUCGUUCGACCUAUUCCAUUCGGACGACUUUGACAAUCAGUCUGCCCUUGACCUGUUUUUAACAUAA